AUUUGUUCCAAAUAUUUUUCCCUAUCCCUAUAAACUCAUCACAAUCACCUCUCUUUCUGUCUUUCAGUUUUUUGGCCGAAUAACAAAGAAAGAAAGUUAGGAGACAAAAGUGAAACCAUAUGUCUUUGAGGGUUUGGUUGGCUUUUCUUCUCAUUGAAACCUGAAUUCUCUCCGACCCUUGUUCAACUUUCUCCUCUUCUCUCUGUCUAUCAAUCUAUCUAUUUUACUAUCUAUUGUUUUAUCUUACAGUUUUUUACAUUGAAGUUGUUGUGUGCAAUCUCAUGAAAGGCAAGUGAUUUAUUUCACAAGAUUCCAGAUUUAAGGGUUUACCUACAAACCCACAAAGCCUGAGCUCUGAGGUUUGAUGAAACCAUUGACUUUUGUCUCUGCAAUGCGUUCACCAUUAUAAAUUUUACUAUCAGUUGGUUGAAUUUUUAUAAAUUAUCAAUCUUUUAUAUUCAAUUCCUUUACUUGUUUGAGGAUUAGGGUUUUUGGGGUCAAAGUCUAUUGUUUUCUUGGUUACUUAGUGGGUUGUGAACUGGAUUGGAGGUCGAGGGUUCAUUAACUAAUGGGUCAUUUUGUUUUCCUUAAUUCAUUAAAGACUUUAGGGAAUUGAGGUUAAAGGGUAUUGGUAGCUGACAUCUGUGAAUUGAUUGAGAUAUGAGUCGUAGAUUGAGGCGUAAAGUGGCAAAGAAGGGGAAGGAGAAGGUUGUUUUACCGUGUUACCCUGAAGUUGAGGACGAGGUUUUAGAAGCUGAUCGAAGUGGGGAUGUCGAUUGGACCAGUUUGCCUGAUGACACAGUGAUUCAGCUGUUUUCAAGUCUGAAUUAUAGAGACCGGGCAAGCUUGUCAUCAACAUGUAAGACAUGGAGAGCUUUAGGUGGUUCUCCAUGUUUGUGGAGUUCGUUGGAUCUUCGUGCGCAUAAAUGUGAUGCUACUAUGGCAGCUUCGCUUGCUUGUAGAUGUGUGAAUCUUCGGAAGCUUAGAUUUCGUGGUGCAGAGUCUGCAGAUGCGAUAAUAUGCCUUCAGUCUAGGAAUUUGCAAGAAAUAAGUGGUGAUUACUGUCGGAAAAUAACUGAUGCAACUUUGUCUAUGAUCGUGGCUCGUCAUGAAGCACUGGAAAGCCUUCAACUUGGGCCUGACUUCUGUGAGAGGAUCACUAGUGAUGCCAUCAAAGCAAUAGCUCUUUGCUGUCCCAAAUUGAAGAAACUUCGACUGUCUGGGAUUAGGGAUAUUUAUGCCGAUGCCAUCAAUGCUUUGGCUAAGCAUUGUCUGAAUUUAGCAGAAAUUGGUUUUUUAGACUGCCUGAAUAUUGAUGAGGUGGCAUUGGGAAAUGUAUCAUCUGUUCGCUUUCUCUCAGUUGCAGGGACUUCAAAUAUGAAAUGGGGUGUGGUUGCACAGAGUUGGCAUAAGCUGCCUAAAUUAGUUGGGUUGGAUGUUUCAAGAACUGAUGUCGGUCCAAUUACUAUUGCCAGAUUGCUAUCUUCUUCCAGGAGCUUGAAGGUUUUGUGUGCCUUGAAUUGUCCAAUUCUUGAAGAGGAUACCAAUUUUGGCACAGUUAAGAAUAAAGGCAAAUUCUUAGUUUCCCUUUUUACCGAUGUUUUUAAAUGUCUAGCUUCUUUAUUUGCCGAUACUACACAGAAAGAGAAGAAUGUGUUUCUGGAUUGGAGGAAUUCAAAAACUAAAGAUAAAAAAUUGGAUGAGAUUAUGACUUGGCUUGAAUGGAUUCUUUCCCAUACACUUCUGCGUACUGCUGAGAGCAACCCUCAGGGUUUGGAUGAUUUCUGGCUGAAACAAGGUGCAGCCCUGUUGCUCAGUUUAAUGCAGAGCUCACAAGAGGAUGUUCAAGAAAGAGCGGCUACUGGACUUGCAACCUUUGUUGUCAUUAAUGAUAUAAGUGCUAGCAUAGAUUGUGGAAGGGCUGAAGCAGUUAUGAAAGAUGGUGGCAUACGUCUUCUGUUGGACCUUGCAAAAUCCUGGCGAGAAGGGCUUCAAUCAGAGGCUGCAAAGGCUAUAGCAAACUUGUCUGUGAAUUCCAGUGUUGCAAAAGCUGUUGCAGAAGAAGGAGGAAUCAAUAUCCUUGCAUAUUUGGCAAGGUCCAUGAAUAGGCUGGUAGCCGAAGAGGCUGCUGGAGGGCUAUGGAAUUUAUCUGUUGGAGAAGAGCAUAAGGGUGCUAUUGCUGAGGCUGGUGGAGUAAAAGCUUUAGUUGAUCUUAUAUUUAAAUGGUCCUCUGGUGGUGAUGGUGUUCUGGAGCGUGCAGCUGGUGCUUUAGCAAAUUUGGCAGCUGAUGACAAGUGUAGUAUGGAAGUUGCUUUGGCAGGUGGUGUACAGGCUUUGGUGAUGCUUGCCCGUAAUUGCAACUUUGAGGGAGUGCAAGAGCAGGCUGCCCGUGCGUUGGCUAAUUUGGCUGCUCAUGGAGACAGCAAUAGUAACAAUUCUGCUGUUGGACAAGAGGCAGGUGCUCUUGAAGCCCUUGUUCAACUUACACGCUCUCCCCAUGAAGGUGUUAGGCAAGAAGCUGCUGGUGCUUUAUGGAAUUUGUCAUUUGACGACAGGAAUCGAGAAGCAAUAGCAGCAGCUGGUGGUGUUGAGGCUUUGGUUGCCCUUGCACAAUCCUGCUCUAAUGCCUCCUCAGGUCUGCAAGAGAGGGCAGCUGGUGCGCUUUGGGGAUUGUCGGUGUCUGAAGCUAAUUGCAUUGCUAUUGGACGAGAAGGAGGUGUUGCACCUCUGAUUGCACUUGCACGCUCUGAGGCUGAAGAUGUCCAUGAAACUGCUGCAGGAGCUCUUUGGAAUCUUGCUUUUAACCCUGGGAAUGCUUUACGUAUAGUGGAGGAAGGGGGGGUUCCUGCACUUGUUCACUUAUGUUGUUCUUCAGUAUCAAAGAUGGCACGCUUCAUGGCUGCAUUGGCCUUGGCGUACAUGUUUGAUGGCAGAAUGGAUGAAUUUGCGCUAAUAGGAACUUCAUCAGAAAGCACCUCAAAGAGUGUGAGCUUAGAUGGGGCUAGAAGGAUGGCUUUGAAGCAUAUCGAAACUUUUGUUCUUACAUUUUCUGAUCCACAAGCAUUUGCUACUGCUGCUGCAUCAUCUGCUCCAGCAGCAUUGUCACAAGUAACAGAAAGAGCUCGUAUUCAAGAAGCAGGACAUUUAAGAUGCAGUGGAGCUGAAAUAGGAAGAUUCAUCACCAUGCUACGCAACCCUUCUUCUAUACUGAAGGCCUGUGCAGCAUUUGCACUUCUUCAGUUUACCAUUCCCGGUGGUCGGCAUGCGAUACAUCAUGCAAGUCUUAUGCAGGGUGUUGGGGCAGCACGGGUUCUUCGUGCUGCAGCUGCAGCUGCAACUGCCCCAAUUGAAGCUAAAAUAUUUGCCAGAAUCGUACUUCGGAACCUUGAACACCACCAGCAGCAUGUAGAAUUAUCAACGUAUUUAGAAGUUGUUCAGUUAGGAGGUUUGAAAGUGAUCUUUUCUCCCCUUUUUGUAACAAAUCCUUUCAUAUUAAAGUUGGCAGCUCGAGUGCAGACUGGGGAACUGAUACCAGAGCAUGUGGGGGUGUUUUUGUUGUCUAAAAGGCUCCUGGCUCAAAGUAAUUGUCAAUCCCCAUGGUUCUCAGACAUCCGGUGCUUGGAAGUUGGAACUCACCCUAUAAUUGCUAUAGCAAACUUGUCUGUGAAUUCCAGUGUUGCAAAAGCUGUUGCAGAAGAAGGAGGAAUCAAUAUCCUUGCAUAUUUGGCAAGGUCCAUGAAUAGGCUGGUAGCCGAAGAGGCUGCUGGAGGGCUAUGGAAUUUAUCUGUUGGAGAAGAGCAUAAGGGUGCUAUUGCUGAGGCUGGUGGAGUAAAAGCUUUAGUUGAUCUUAUAUUUAAAUGGUCCUCUGGUGGUGAUGGUGUUCUGGAGCGUGCAGCUGGUGCUUUAGCAAAUUUGGCAGCUGAUGACAAGUGUAGUAUGGAAGUUGCUUUGGCAGGUGGUGUACAGGCUUUGGUGAUGCUUGCCCGUAAUUGCAACUUUGAGGGAGUGCAAGAGCAGGCUGCCCGUGCGUUGGCUAAUUUGGCUGCUCAUGGAGACAGCAAUAGUAACAAUUCGGCUGUUGGACAAGAGGCAGGUGCUCUUGAAGCCCUUGUUCAACUUACACGCUCUCCCCAUGAAGGUGUUAGGCAAGAAGCUGCUGGUGCUUUAUGGAAUUUGUCAUUUGACGACAGGAAUCGAGAAGCAAUAGCAGCAGCUGGUGGUGUUGAGGCUUUGGUUGCCCUUGCACAAUCCUGCUCAAAUGCCUCCUCAGGUCUGCAAGAGAGGGCAGCUGGUGCGCUUUGGGGAUUGUCGGUGUCUGAAGCUAAUUGCAUUGCUAUUGGACGAGAAGGAGGUGUUGCACCUCUGAUUGCACUUGCACGCUCUGAGGCUGAAGAUGUCCAUGAAACUGCUGCAGGAGCUCUUUGGAAUCUUGCUUUUAACCCUGGGAAUGCUUUACGUAUAGUGGAGGAAGGGGGGGUUCCUGCACUUGUUCACUUAUGUUGUUCUUCAGUAUCAAAGAUGGCACGCUUCAUGGCUGCAUUGGCCUUGGCGUACAUGUUUGAUGGCAGAAUGGAUGAAUUUGCGCUAAUAGGAACUUCAUCAGAAAGCACCUCAAAGAGUGUGAGCUUAGAUGGGGCUAGAAGGAUGGCUUUGAAGCAUAUCGAAACUUUUGUUCUUACAUUUUCUGAUCCACAAGCAUUUGCUACUGCUGCUGCAUCAUCUGCUCCAGCAGCAUUGUCACAAGUAACAGAAAGAGCUCGUAUUCAAGAAGCAGGACAUUUAAGAUGCAGUGGAGCUGAAAUAGGAAGAUUCAUCACCAUGCUACGCAACCCUUCUUCUAUACUGAAGGCCUGUGCAGCAUUUGCACUUCUUCAGUUUACCAUUCCCGGUGGUCGGCAUGCGAUACAUCAUGCAAGUCUUAUGCAGGGUGUUGGGGCAGCACGGGUUCUUCGUGCUGCAGCUGCAGCUGCAACUGCCCCAAUUGAAGCUAAAAUAUUUGCCAGAAUCGUACUUCGGAACCUUGAACACCACCAGCAGCAUGUAGAAUUAUCAACAUAAAAGAGCAUCUUUUAGAGAUGCAUAUUUAUCCGGAGUUGUCAAUGCAGUUAUUUAUGUGGAGCUAUGGAGCCCCUUACCAGCGGUAUCAGAAACUGUAAGAAUAUUUUCUGCUUUUUGUAAUUAUAUAUGUGUGAACCAAAAUCAUGUGCCCAAGAGAUACUGCUUAAUCUUUUCCUUUGUCCCUCCAUUUGUUAGGUAUUUAGAAGUUGUUCAGUUAGGAGGUUUGAAAGUGAUCUUUUCUCCCCUUUUUGUAACAAAUCCUUUCAUAUUAAAGGUACUUUCUGUGGGGAUUGUUUAAGAAUGAGUACCUCAUUUUUUUUCUUUGUAUUCUUUAUGACAAUAUCUUCUAUAGGAGUAUAAAUGUUAAAGUUGUUUUAGACAA